AAUGUAUGUAAUCGCUGUAGCUAGUAAGGACUGAGAAAACAUAUUAAGUCAGUUGCGUUGAAAUGUUGAACAGAUUAUAAGUGGAAGUUAGCUUUUGUGUGAUAUAAAAAUAUCAAUAUUUACAAACCAUAUACAGUAUGUUAACUAGAUAUUCGUUGUUGCUAGUGGGAUUAUUUCAAAAUCUACCGAUACAAGCUUAUAACAAUGACAUAGAUGAUACAACGCAGUCCUCCGAAACGUUUAUAGAUUUAUAUGAACGGGGUGUUCAAAGCUAUUUGUCUAAUGAGUUCGAAAACUGUAUUUAUUUCUUAGAAAAUGCAGUUGGAAAGUACAAGCACUACUAUGAAACCACUGCUAAUUGCAGAAUAGAAUGCGAUUAUGCGACCAGGGCUAAUAAGAACAAAGCAGAAUUCAUACAUUCAAACGAUAUUGAGAAUCUACAUUUUUACGAAUUGAUAAUUAAACAAACCCUUUGCCUAACCAAAUGCCGCAAACAAAAUUCUAAUUACUUGCCCUUUGACGAGGAUUUCGAUGGUUAUUAUCUCGAUCUAUUCAAAAACCGGCAAGCUUACGCAUAUUUGCAUUCUUGUUACACAAAGGUAGAUCAAGUGACAUUGGCAGCAUCAGCAGCAUUAACUUAUAUGGUUAAACAUCCGGCUGAUACGGUUAUGCAGAAAAAUUUCGAACUGGGCCUAGAAAAACCUGGCGUUGAUAAAGAAGCUAUUGUGGACCUGGAUGAGAAGAAGUUUGUUCCAAUAUUCGUCGCUGGCAUUCUCGCUGUAAACGAAAAAGAAUGGACAAAGGCGAUCUCACUAAUGGAGAACUCGGUAAUGCAGUUUAUCUACGAUGAAAAUCAAUGUCGGGCUUAUUGUGAGGGUGAAUUCGAUCACGGGUUUUUACCAGAUUUCAUUUCUGCUAUCGGAAAUCAUUUCACAAAUACAUUGUACUGCAAAAGGAACUGCACACGAGAAAUGGGCAUGGUGCGAGGCAAAUAUUACAUCAAGUUGUUUGCUGAACACUACCAAUAUCUUCAACAGGCAUACUAUGAAGAUGUGAAAUAUGAAGCUGCAUAUCGAGCUGGUUUGAGCUACUUACGAUUCAAUGAGGGUGACCAAGAUAUGCUGAACAAGUUAAAGUUGAUAGAAAAGCAAAUCAAGGGUCACUUAAACGAGAACUUCUUCAAGGUUCGCAGGGAAGCAGUUGAGUAUUACGAACGAAAUUCCUACGAAGAAAAAUUAGUUUCUUUCAUAAAGACAGCUUUCGUUGAACUGGAUGAACACGCCGAAGAAGUCACAAUGGAACAACCCAGCGACAAUAGUACUGAUGAUAUUGACAAUGGUGGAGAUUCGGAAACUAAGUUUUCCCACUUUCUUCGGGGAAAAUUGGGACUAAAUGCAGUGAAAAUCUGUUUCCAGUGCUGUGUUAUUGUGGACGAGCGAACCGGGCUAUGGCAAAAUGGAUAGGGGUCAAUGUACUAUGACAUGGAUAUAUGUAAUUGCUUGAUAUUAUUGGUUGACGAACACUUAGUCAAUGAGGGUAUUAUUUACCAAAUUCCAACAAGCGGAUACCACAAAGACGAGCUAUAAAUCUACUCACCUUUACCUCAUCAUCGUACCAAAAAUGUUAUUUACAAAUAUACUCUAACUAAAAUUCUUCGGAAAAUUGAAAAAUAUACACUUCUUUAGUUUUUUUUAUUUUUUCUCCACAAAACUUACAUUAUUUUUUCUUCACAAAACUCACAAAGGCCAAAACAGAUUAGCCUGCACGAAUUCACAAAUGUAUUAUACAAUAGGCAUAUAUAAUUGAUUCCAUAAUAAAAGUUCUGAAUAGUUAUCAAAUCAAA